AUGGAGGUCCUUGGCGCCGUGGUGGGCAUUGCGGACGUUGCUCUGCGAACAACCAUGAAAAUAACGCGUCUGUGUAAUGCAUGGCGGGAAGCACCCGAAGAUGUCCAUCGUCUCCUUGGGGACCUCACAAGAACUCAGCUUUUCUUCCAAGAGACACGCCAUGGCAUCCAAACCAUGUUUCCGAUGGUACACAACAACAAGGGAACGAUAUCUCAUUCUUACCACCAACUGCAUGCGCUUCUUGACGAAGGCUCUCUUGUACUGAGGGAGAUCGAGGACAUUGUGGAUACCAUCAUAGUGCCAGACGGGGUCAACCCAGACAGGGAUAAACGGCUAGGCCAGAGAAGCAAGGCCAAGUGGCUGAAGCAUUCGGCAAAGAUAGCUAAGCUGAGAAAGGAGCUGAAUGGUAUAGCAUUUGGGGCGUGCCGCUUACUCCUGGCCCAGAAUGUGGCCGUGUCGACCGAGAUACAGACUCUGGUGGAACGAUCCAAGGAUGAAAUCAUGUACCACGUUUCGGAUCAGCUUAACCAACGAGCCGAAUCAUCACAGCGCUCAAUCAUCACCCACGUGGACCGCCGAUUCAGUUUUCUCCAAUCAGUGGUCGUUGCUGCCAUAAGGGAGUCGAUUUGGAGGAUGACGGCGCCCAGGCCCAUCUUGGGAUCCAUCAGCCUGACCUACUCGAGAACUCGGGUCUGCAACGACAGCGAGUGUCGGGCUCGGCAGAUGCGGGUAAGCCAGCCCCGACUAGAGGUCAAGGUCGCCUACCAGUUCCCGGCCUGGCUGAUGCGGGGGGCACUGUCGGUAUUCUUUUCGAGCAAUCUUAACGGGAACCCUGAGCUCAACAUCAGGAUAUUCAAUGUGAUCCAGAGCGAUCCCGUGACCGCGUAUUCCACUAUCUUCGGGUACAUUGAUCGUGGAGACGUACAUGGCACCCGGCGGCUGCUCGAAGAACGCCGUGGCUCCGUCUACGACAUCUUGGGCGACGGAGGCUCGUCACCGUUAUUCUUCGCCGUCCGGAGGAGGAACCUGAACAAGGACAUUAUCAGGCUUCUCCUUCAAGCUGGCGCCGAUCCGAACCAGGAGGCUCCAAACGGGCUCACCCCAACCAGCUCCACUCUAUUGUACUACUUGGCCGGACGCUGCGGUGCGGACGAGCUUGUGGAGCUGCUACCUCCGUAUUCCCUUCUCGAGAGCGAGUCCUGUUUGCAUAUGGCUAUCGCCGGUAUCCUGCAGGUGGACCUCGGCCAGGCGCUACAGAAGCCCCAAUACCUCGCCGAGAUCAACAGCAUGUCCAAGUUGAUGAAUGGCCGAAGCCCCCUCUGUCUCGCCGCCAUGAGAGGCAACCUGAGCGCCGUAAAGCUCCUGCUACGGGCGGGUGCCGAUGUCAACUUGAAGGUUAUCAAGGCGGGGACAACAGCUCUUCACGAGGCGUGCAGCAGUGGGCGCUAUGAGGUGGUGAAGGUGCUUCUUGAGGCCGGGGCUCUGGUUAACGAGAGGACAAGUAAUAGGUUGACUCCCAUGACAGUUGCCGCGCGGGUAUCAGAAGGAGCUCGAAUCAUAUCUCUGCUGAUCCAACACGGAGCAAAUGUUCAGGCCGGGCCGUUGCAUGUCGCCGCAGCCACCGGGAAUGCAGCCGCGGUGGACAUUCUUCUCCUGAGCGGCGCAGACAUCAACCACCGCGACUGGGAGGGCGACACAGCGCUGUUCGACGCGAUUAUCGGCAGACAACACGGAACUGCAGACCUUCUGCUGCUGAAGGGGAUUGACUACACGAACGUCAACGAUAACGGCAGGGGGUUGCUUCAUGUGUUAGCUGGGGUUGGAGACAUGGAAAUGAUCAGAACAUUCACAGACAAGAAGCUGCGGAAUCUUAAUACCGCGGCCAAAGACCGUACUGGCAAGACACCCCUUCAGUUGCUUAACGAGCGAGAUCCGACUCCAGCGCUUCGCAAAGCGUUUGAUGAACUGCUGGACAGCGUUGAGCUUGCAAACGAAGAGAAGCCUCAGCCUGAUCAGCCAGAGACGCAGGAUGAUGAUGAAGACGACGAUAGCGAACCAGAGGAAGAAUUUGUUGAUGCUAAGGAGACAUUGUAA